GGACCUUCUGAAAUCUCGGAAAGGUGGAUGAGCAACAGAAUUGCGACAGAGGAAGAUUGCUGUCUGUGAUUAUGAGCAUAUUACAUUCACCACAGAUACUUCGGGCGUCGUGGUCGGCGGUGAGGCGGAUACCGCGUGCUUCUCCCGCGCUUGCUCAUCGUUGGAACUCGACGGUGUCAGCAACUUCGACUCAACGCCCGCUGCGGGUAGCCAUCGUUGGCUCAGGACCGGCGGGAUUCUACACCGCGUACAGGAUUUUGGAGCGGACGGAGGCAGGAGCGGUUGUGGUUGAUAUGUUUGAGAAAUUGCCGGUGCCGUUUGGGUUGGCGCGGUUUGGCGUCGCGCCGGAUCAUCCUGAAGUUAAGAACUGUCAAGAGAAAUUUGAAGAAGUUGCAGAAUCCCCAUACUUCAACUUCUUUGGCAACACAGCAAUCGGUCCCAGCGCGUUCCCACCACAAACACCGCUCGUCCACGCGCCGAACCAGAUCCCACUCUCGCUCCUGCGCCGGCACUACGACGCUGUGAUCCUCGCCUACGGAGCAGACUCUGACAAGAUGCUUUCCGGUAGCUCUUUUUCUGGGAGUACGCUUGAUGGAGUCUAUUCUGCACGGCAGUUUGUCGGGUGGUAUAACGGACACCCUGAGUUUCAGCAUCUGAAGCCUGAUCUGGUCUCUGGCGACACUGCUGUCGUCGUCGGCCACGGAAACGUGGCCUUGGACGUCGCGCGGAUUUUACUCACCGACAUUGACGUACUCCGCAAAACUGACAUUACAAGCCGCGCAAUCGACACUUUAUCAGCAAGUAAGAUCAAACACGUCAAGAUCGUCGGCAGACGAGGUCCCGCGCAGGCGUCGUUUACAAACAAGGAGGUUCGCGAACUGAUGACGUUGGGUGGUGUCGGGUAUAUUCCACCCCCGGAAGAGAUCAUGCGGCCGUUUGCCGAGGGCGGGAAGAAACUUGGUCGGGUCGCGAAACGGCUUCUGCAGCUGCUCGAGCGGGGAUCUACUCUGCGGCCGGAGGAAGCGGCGAAGACGUUUGAGAUUGAGUUUUUGAGGUCGCCGGCUGGGUUUACUGCUGCUGCUGGUGGAGGAGAGAAGUUGGGAGCGGCAGUGUUUGAUCUGAUGAGGUUGGCGGGGGAUCCGCUGCUGAAGGAAACGCGGGUUGAACCUACAGGCGAGAGAGUCGAGGUGCCAUGUACGGCUGCGUUUCUCAGCAUUGGAUACAAAACACAUCCGUUGGCUGGGCUAGAGCAAUCGUACGACGAUAGAGCAAAUCAUCUACUCAACGAGCUUGGCAAAGUCUCCGAGUCUAUCGAGGGUAGAGACGCGAAGCUGUAUGCGUCUGGGUGGAUCAAGCGUGGUCCCGUUGGCGUGAUUGCAGAGACUAUGUACGACGCCUUUGAGACUGCAAGCACCGUGAUCGAAGACUUUGAGACAGGCACGAUCGGACCUCGUUCUGCUACCACUGAUUCUCCGCGAGCCGGCUGGGAUGGCGUCAGAAGCGAGCUUGGCGGUGCGGCAGUGUCGAGUAUGAGGAUUGUGUCGUGGGGGGAUUGGCAGAAGAUUGAUAGAGUGGAACGAGAGCUUGGGAAGAGGAGUGGGAAGGAACGGGAGAAGAUUGUGGAUGUUGAGACGAUGCUUAAGACUAUUGAAUGAUUGGAGAUUAUGUAUAUUUAUGUAUAUAGUUCAUAUUAAUCUACUGAAACUAACAGAU